AUGCUGGUAGUUGAUCUUCUAACUGGUAAUAUUUCAGAAGCAGAUCCUGAAGCUGGUCCAGAAUCAAAUAUUAGUGAACCUAGUAAUCCAGAAUCUCAAACUUAUUAUUUUCUAAAUUUGAAUAUAGAAGUACCUUGGCUCAUCCUAUUUUCAGAAAAUGAAAAGUAUCAUGAAGGAUGGCAAAAUAACAUUCAGUAUGCAAAAGAUAUAUUUAAAGUGAAUGAAGCCAAAUAUGCAUUCUUAACCUGGUUUAUAGAUACUAAAGAACAUAAAUUAGAAGCUAGAAUGACUGAAGAGCAAGCUCAAGAAAUUUUAAAUGCAAUUAAUAAUAGUGAGUAUUUAAUAAGAAUAAAAUUUAUUCAAGCUGAUACAUCAAAAAGGACAAAUAGUAAAUAUAUAAAAAGUGGUCAAAAUGUUAUACUUACAAAGAAAACAAAACUAGGUUUUUGGAUAGGAAUAGAUGAAAAAUUUCUGGUUAGAGAAGUCAGUAGGCAAUCUGAGGUAGGAGAACUUGAUAGUAAUGCAGUAGUCUAUGGAUUGUAUCAAAUUCAAGUACCAGAUAUUAAUCGAUUAAUGCUUAUGAAAAAUGGUGCACUUAAUUUACAAGAUGUAACAGAAUUGGAAAAAAUUCUUAAACAACCGAUUAAAUUGCUUGAUAUAACCUAUAGCACUAUCUUUAAUAGCAAAAAAUAUCGAUUAGGUAAGUAUGAAGAAAUAGAGAUGAAAAAGUAUACAGAUAUCAUAAAUGCAUGUAAGGAAUUAUUUGAAGAUGUGGUAAACUGGCAAUUUCAAGAAGGAAUAAUUAGUGAAGAAAAAAAAGAAUUAUCAAAAGAUAAUAUAAUUGGAUUUGUGCAGGAUAUGGAAAGGCAAAAGGCUGAAUGUUUAUUGUACUUCUAUAAUAUCUUCUCAAAGCAGGCUUCAAUGUUAGCAUAUGCAUAUAUUAAUUUGUUAAAGAUACUUCGGAGAUUCGAUCCUAAUGAAGUAGUAAGUACAGAUUCUAUAUAUGUACGAAAAGAUGCUUUAUAUAAGAUUGAAAAUAUACCAGCAUUCUUCAAGCAAGUUGAAGAAUGGUUUUAUAGUAGAGCUAAUGCCAAGAUAUAUAAAUCAGACUCUUAUGCUCUUUUACAUCAACCAGAAGAACAAGAAAUCCAAAAAAUUCAACCUGGUCAAUGA